AUGGCUCCCAAGGACUCGAAGAAAGGCGGUGCCUCCAAGGCCGGUAAGGGCGCUCAGGCCAAGAAGGCCGCCCAGGCUGCUCUCAAGGGUGUGAACUCGCACAAGAAGACCAAGGUCAGACUGUCGACCACCUUCCACCGCCCCAAGACCCUCGUCCUCUCGCGCUCGCCCAAGUACCCGCGCAAGUCGAUCCCCCACGAGCCCCGCCUGGACGAGCAUAAGAUCAUCGUCCACCCACUCAACACCGAGGGUGCCCUGAAGAAGAUCGAGGAGCAGAACACCCUCGUCUUCAUCGUCGAUGUCAAGUCCAACAAGGCCCAGAUCAAGCAGGCCCUGAAGAAGCUCUAUGACAUCGACACCGUCAAGAUCAACACCCUGAUCCGCCCUGACGGCUCCAAGAAGGCCUUUGCCCGCCUCACCGCCGAUGUCGAUGCGCUCGACAUUGCCGCCACCAAGCUCGGCCUCGUCUAA